AUGGAUAUCCCCCUAGGCAGUAUGCCACGACGAUCGCAGUCUUCACAAGGAGGAGCGAGGAGGCAGGGAGAAGGAACCGAUCUGCCACAGGAAUUAUCGCAGACGACGACAUUAAAUUCUGAAAAGAAAGGCUUCUUCAAACACAAAAAUCCCAUCGCGGGCAGACGGAAAGAUCCCAAGGCGAUUCAACCUCUGCGGAGAGGCACAGAUGGCGAGGAGGUCUCAGUCAAUAAAAUCGGGCGAUUCUACAACAAAAUUGUCAAUUUUUCCAUCAUUACUCGAUACUUCGUCUACAUUUUGCCUGUCAGUAUCGUGCUGGCAAUUCCAACUAUUAUCUUUGGCCUGCCAGAGAAUCGAGAUAAGCUUCUUGGGACUACAAAAAUGAGGGCAUACCUAUUUUUCCUCUGGUUGAAUAUUGUUUGGCUUUCGCUUUGGGUCUCGAAAUUAUUCUCGAAGAUCGUCCCUAGUAUCUUUAUCGCUUUAUGCGGAGUCGUCAGUUCGGGAACCAGAAAAUACGCACUCGUUUUGAAAGCUCUAGAAAUUGAGCUCAGUCUCGUGGGAUGGGCUGUCACGUCUCUGGUCACUUUCACUGCUUUAACCACUGACUCUAUCAAUGGUCGUGCCGGUGGAACAAAAGCACAUUGGCAAGAUGUUGUUCGAAAUCUCUUAGUCCCGGCACUUGUCGCGACUGUCCUUCUACUGGUAGAAAAGGCAGUCAUUCAAUUCAUUAGUAUAAAUUACCAUCGACGUUCUUUCGACCAAAGGAUUAAGGAAUCCAAACAUAGCAUUCAUCUUCUUGGCCUGUUGUACGACGCUUCACGGACACUUUUUCCUACUUACUGCCCGGAAUUUAGAGAGGAGGAUUAUAUCAUCAACGAUUCUAUCGAGGCCGUCCUAUCCAAGAAUGGCCAUCGUCGCUCCGGAUCUGCCACACCCCUGAAGGUUCUUGGCGAUAUUGGACGCAUUGGUGACAAGGUUACUUCGGUUUUUGGAAAUAUCGCAUCGGAAAUCACUGGAAAGCAAAUCCUUAACCCAACCGCGGCACAUUCGGUUGUCGUUGAAGCUUUGGAAAAGACAAGAUCUUCUGAAGCAUUGGCUCGGCGACUCUGGAUGUCCUUCGUUGUUGAAGGUCGCGAUUCGCUCUUCGAGGAUGAUCUCGAGGAAGUUCUCGGUCCUUCUCGACGCGACGAAGCACAAGAAGCAUUUCACUCUUUGGAUGGCGACGGAAACGGGGAUAUUAGUUUGGAAGAGAUGAUACUCAAAGUCGUUGAAAUUGGACGUGACCGAAAAUCUAUCGCUGCAAGUAUGCAUGAUGUUGGUCAGGCGAUUGGAGUAUUGGAUAGUAUCCUUGUUGUCGUCUUGACGGUUAUCAUCAUUUUUAUCUUUGUUGCAUUCCAAAACGCAAACUUCGUUACUACUCUUGCUACGGCUGGUACUACUCUACUUUCUUUAUCGUUCGUUUUCGCCGCUACCACUCAAGAAUUCCUUGGUAGUUGUAUCUUCCUUUUCGUCAAGCAUCCAUUUGAUGUUGGAGAUCGAGUAGAUAUUGUCGGUCCAAAUGUCGAACAUCUCGUGGUUGAGCAGAUUUCACUCUUGUACACACUCUUUAAACGCAUCGACAACAUGAAGAUGGUUCAGGUCCCAAACAUUGUACUCAACAAUCUGUGGGUCGAAAAUGUUACUCGUUCGAAGGCAAUGAAGGAACAACUUGAAGUGGCAGUAUCGUUCGAUACGUCGCUAGAGGAUAUCGAACUUCUGCGAACAGAAAUGGAAAGCUUCGUUCGCCAUCCAGACAACUCUCGCGAUUUUCAACCUGAUUUCACCCUCGAAGCUGCUGGAGUAGGCAAUAUGGACAAGCUUGUAUUGAAAAUCGAAAUCCGACACAAAUCAAAUUGGCAUAAUGAGACUGUCCGUGCUGCUCGGCGUUCCAAGUUCAUGUGCGCACUUGUUCUCGCUCUUCGAAAAGUACCGAUUUAUGCACCAGGUGGUGGUGGAGAGGCUCUAGGAGGACCUACAAAUCCUGGAUAUAGUGUUGCAAUCACAGAUACAUGGGCAACCGAAGCUCGAGAUAAAGCCAAGGCAGCAAAAGAAGCAAAGAGACUGGUGCCUACCGCACCAAAGGGUGAGGAAGUCGACCACGAUAAAGAAGCAGCAGAGAAUAUGAACGCCCGUAACCCAUUAGACGAUGCAGCACACGGCACAAAUAGUAGUUGGACCAGCUCGCGAGAUGAUCAAACCCUCGGCGACGACAUCGAAGACCGCAAACGAGACUCCGAAAUCAGUCAACUCAAAGAUGGACUCAUGAAGCGCAAAUCCACACGCGGCCGCAGACGAGCAGGCGACCACAUUCCUGUAGUCGACACUCAAAGUCAGCCCAACAUCUCCGUCACCUCUCCUCAAGCAUACACCUCUAGCUUCGGAGCCAAUGACCUCCUAGACGAAGAAGCGGAACUGGGUAUCCAUUCAACUCGAUCCACAGGGCCGCUGGAUACAUACGCCCAACCACCAGCGCAAUAUAGUAUGUAUCCACCACAGUCUCAGAGCACGCAGUAUGCGCAGUACACACAGAAUCCGCAGACAAAUUUGCAUCCUAUGGCCAGCGCGCCGGCGGUCGUGCAGCAAGCUGGUAGUUCUGCCUCAGUGCCGCCGCCGCCGAGGGCUGGUGGUUAUGGGCCUGGAAAUGGAGGUCCAGGUCGCGCGAGUUCCUAA